GCAGUCUGAACGGAGAGAAAAAACUCAGGCGAUCUGCUAGUUGAAACUAGAGUACCUGCGCCGUCCGUAUACAAAAGUGAGCAGAUCAGGCUCAUUCCGUCAAAAGCGGCGCCACGCUGGUCAGCCCGUUUUGCAGCGAUCGGCGUCGUUGGGCAGGUAUCGGCGGGCGUCGUCGGUAGAAGAUGACUGCACGGUUCCAGCUAGGCAGGAAGUUCUACCAACGACGAUGCCGACUAACGUAAACCGUUUCGACGUUACCCUCGACUCUCCAACUGGAAUUUACCGUCCAGGAGAGACGAUAGUCGGUCACGUCGUUGUUCACGUUACUCGUCAGCUGCAGAUUAACGGUUCGUUACUUGUUUCUAUUAGAAGAGCUAAAUAGAGUAGGAGGGGAAAAUUUCUAUUUGCCUUAUCUUUUAGUCAGAUUCAUUACCUAAUUUAGUCAGUCUAUUAUAAAAGCCACUAUAUAAAUUUAUAAAUAUGUACAAAAAUAUAAAAUAUAAACUAAUGAAUAUUCAAAUAUUUUAUAUCAAUAGAAAAGUCUACAUGACUAUAUUGAGUGUAUAAAAACGUAAUAUGCUUUUAUAGAUAUUUAUAAACCUAAUUAAUUUUUCUCUAUAUGUAUGUAUAUAAAUUAUAUUCUGAAUGAAGAAAUUAUACAUUUAUGCAUAUAUAUAGUUAAAUAUACAUAUAUAUAUAUAUGUAUAUAUGUGUGUUGCACGCGUAGAAAUCGAUGGGGGGCGUUUUAUACAACGUAAAUAUAUAUACCGCAAACCCCGGCGAGUAUAUAGAGUGCGGUCGAUCGAUAGCCCGCGCUAGUAGAGGUGAGCGACAGCAAAUACGAUUAAGUGGCCGUAGAUUUUGCUGGGAAGUCUAGUAUAAAUCCACUUCCGUUUUUGUCUGCAGCCCACCUUGCUUCUUUAUUCCUCCCAAGCUGGUCGAGUUCCUCCCUUGUUAAUAAUUUUCUGCGCUAUUUUACUGUCGAAACGUAAAAAACAUUGAUUCAUUUAAACUUUAUCCAACUCAUUUUAUGAUUUAUGUCCAGGGAUUCAUGUAUGGGUUCUUGGUCAAACCGAAGUGUCGUGGACAGACAAACCGGGUGGUCGCAAAGUUCAUUUCGAUUACGAAAUUUAUAUGAAAGACUGCAUAACGCUAUGUGGACGGGCACCCAACCAAAGAGGACCAACAACGUCCGAGGAAAAGCCGAUAUUACCUGCUGGACAGCAUGAUUAUACAUUCGAAUACAAAUUACCAGAUGUUCUACCAACUUCUUUCGAAUCAUGCCAUGCUUAUAAAGGAAAAGUCUACUACCUCCUGAAAGCUCGAUUAGAUAGCUCUGAGGAGAAGGUCAGACAAAGCAAAGACAGAACUUUUAUAGUUUUAUCGAGUCUUGAUUUGAAUUCGUAUCCAAGAUGUGCCGAGCUUGUACAAGUUAAGAGAGAAAAGCAUUUGGGGUGCUGCUGUUGUUGUCGUUGUGGCUCAAUCACUUGUUUGCUAAGGUUAGACAGAACUGGCUAUGUUCCAGGAGAAGACAUAAAUGUUGACGCCGAGUUGCAAAACCAUAGUAAGAAAGAGAUUACAGCUAGCUAUGUUACUAUGCAACAAAUUGUAACCUUGGAAGCAGGGGGUGUUAGUAAGCAAAGUACAGCAGACAUAUUUCGUAUAUCGGGAGGGAAAAUUAAAUCCGGGGGUAGUGCUCUUUAUCACGAUAUCAUCCAUAUUCCACCUUUACCUCCAUCCAGGUUGGAUGGCUGUAAUCUAGUUCAGAUUGACUACGUGAUUACCGUAGGUGUACUACCCUCUGGCAUGAAUGACAGCAUUGAAAUUUCUGUACCAAUUCUCAUUGGCACUGAACCCCUUCUACAUGUCAUUCCACCCGGAAUAACUGUAGGACCUUCAUACUCUAGAUACAGUCACUCCUCAGGGGAAAUCGAAGAUUACAGCGCCGAAGACUACGUCCGUGGGAAAUAUCAGCAUGUUUAUACAUAUUACAAAGCUUUGUAUAGGCGAGCCGUUACUCAGGAUGGCGAAUGCAUUUCUUAAAACCUUUUUUACAUGAUAAUCAAGACUUUAGUUGUUAGCUAUAUCCUCUUUAUUUUUCUCUUCGAAGAAGAGUCGUUGAAGGGUUUUAUGAACAAUGGAAUUAGUGUUCUUAUUAUUUCUAUCAUUAUACCUCAACUAUUUACGAAUUUUAUUUUCUCUUUCCUUUCUUAUGUUAAGAAGCAUGAAGGAAAAAAAGUACCGGGGAGGGAGAGUUGGUUGCUCUUUUGUCAUCAGGUGGCGCUGAUCUGUCGAAGUCCUAUUAAUUUUACAGCUUAUUUUGUAAGUGAAUAUGGAAAAAUUAGUGAACAGAAGAAAUGUUAUGCUUUUUAAAAAUAAAAUCUAGCAAUGCCUUU